CAGAAGUCCAGAACGAUGGCGCAACAAGCGAGCAGCACGCAGAUCCUGGCACCCCACAUCACCGCCAGGACCCUCAAAACAUUCACAGAGGACAGGUACCCUCGCCCUGGCUCCGACACCGAGCGAGAGGUGUUUGUUCACAGCUUGCGCAAGCACAUGACUCUGGGAGGUACCGAGAACAAGCACUAUGAAGACUCAGAAGUCUUCGCUGUUUCCGAUGCUGUGGUGGUGAAAAAUUGGGGGGAGCUUGAGAGUGGUUUGUUCGGAGCUGUUCGCAUGGCAUAUUCUGAACACUACUGUCUUCAUUUGAGGCCAGAUGACAUUUGGCUAGCCAUUGCUCAAGGAGUCUCUGCGCAUCUUCAGUACAAUGACAACGCUGAGAAGUACAGGCACGUCUUUGUGGACCACGAGGGGAAGGAAACAAUCAGUGUCUGCGUCAACGGUCUUGAAACCGCUGAUGGGACUUACUUGGACUGGCCCAAGUGCAUCCAGCUCAUCAUCAACGAACUAGAGGUGCGGGUCAAGGGCGACACCGGCAAGCUCCUCGUGAACGACUUCUCCACAACCGACCUGAUCUCCAAAACCGCGAGCCAGAUCGUUCUGAUGGACGCCAUGAAGCACUACUUCGUGUACGAGAUGUGCUUCGAGUGCGGCAUUCCGUCCGUCUCUCUGCACGGCACGCUCGCGGACUGGGAGCGCCUCGUGACGAAGGCGCGCGCGCUGCGCGCGCUCAACAUCGGCCUGAAUAAGUGGCUCGACAGGCUGGAACCGGUCCUGGAGAAGCUGGUGGAUACGUACCGGGGGAAGGUGGACCAGGACUGGUGGAGCCGGGUGAUUCAUGAAAAGGAGAGCUACGGGUCGGGGCCAACCCCCCAUGGCAUUUCCGGCUGGGUCUGCGCGUUCUUUCCGUACGAGCGGAACGGGGAUGAACUCCGCCCUUGUACGUCACUCGUGAGUGACAAGAUACCAAAAGGGCUGGUGGAGUGCCCGUUCAUCAUUAAUGACAAUGGUGCCGAAACUGAUAACCUGCUCGUCGCCGGAAGCUGUGGUGUGACGGUGACUGAGGACGGUCGGGGGGUGAUGCCGUGCAUCGGGUGGCUUGUGAAGCGAGUCCCCAAUACAGACAAGGGCAAUGGGAAUCCGUAAUGAAGAUGGAGACGAUGGAGACGAAGUAGCGAUCUGACCGAUCAGGCGAAAUUCGUGCUAUUGUGGCAUGUCGUGAAGCUCAGUUCUCGCAAGAGGCUUCCGGCAGGAGUAGGAUGAUAGCG